ACCCUACCAUGGCGUUCCGCGAGCGUAUCAAGAAGGCUCUACGAAAGGCCUCUCCGAACUCGUCACUUCACAAAUCAUCUACAACGGAUUCGACUAAGGGUCGAGAACGAUGGCCCUCGAAUGUGUAUAAGCCUGGCGAACCAAUGCCUCGACCGAAAUACCGUGCCCCGGUCAAGAAGGAACACAAGGAAAAACUUGAGUCGUUCAGUUUUGCGUCUGCCUGGAGGAGAAAGAGUUUCAUGAGUGAAUACAGUCCCAUGGGCACAAGGAUGCCGAGUCGACGAGCGAGUCUGAUCAGCAGAAAGAGUUUUGGAGGCAGAAGCAGCAAGAGGAACAGCAUGAACAUGAGCAGGAGAAAUAGUGUUUCAGGAGCAGCGAAGAGUGGCCGGGAGAGUUUGGAUGUUCCGCGACAAGGGCACGCUGCCCUUGCGCCUGCACUAUCGACGGAGAUAGAAGCCGAUGGCGAUGAUGAUGUGACCAAUGUUGGUCUCUCGCGAGUACAGUCGAGAGAAGACAAACCACAUCGUCCUGUAUACUCUCGUCGCCAAACCGCUGAAUACAGAUCAAGGGCUCCAGCCAAGGCUUCACCACUCGCACAAACGACGGAAGCACCUACAUCAACGCCAUUGCAAGAAGCGCAGGCAAGAGCUGCAUUUGCUCACGACCACACACCGUUUACCGAAGAGGAGCUGGUAAGAGCGCUACAACGAAGCCAUCUGGAAAUAUCAGCGCAC